AAUAUACUAAGUGAGUGACUGGACUCCGUUUCCCGGAUUGCAUCACGUCUACACAGCUCAUUGAUGGAGUACUACAUUUCUGAGCCACACCUAGGGACGCGCGGUUGCCGCAAUGGAGUGAGUGUGCGACUCUGAUCCUACUUCCGAAAGUGCUUCAGGGUCCGCUGUGGGCACAGUCGGCCAACUUAUUGACCAGCACUGUGUUUCCCGAGGUGCAGAGCGACCUAUCAACCCCGCGGUCCACUCUGAGGUCUUUGCGGACUCCAUUUCCCGGCGUGCCGCGCGGCUCUCUGUGAGGGCCGACAGCGGCGACGGCGGCGCGCAGAGCCGGCGGACUGCAUCUCCCGGCGUGCCGCGCGGCGGGCGCUGGGCCGGAGCCGGAGCCGGAGCCCGAGCGGCGCGGCCUGGAAGAGGCCGGAUCCCGGGGGAGGCGGCAGCAGCGGCAGCGGCGGGGGCAACCCGGGCAGCCCGAGCCCCGCGGCCUGGGCCUGCGCUCGGCGCCAUGAGCGGUGGCGCGCCUUCGGGGGGCGGCCCUGGGGGCUCGGGCCGGGCGCGGACCAGCUCAUUCGCGGAGCCAGGCGGCGGCGGCGGCGGCGGCGGUGGCGGCCCCGGGGGUUCGGCCUCUGGCCCAGGCGGCAGCGGCGGCGGGAAGACGUCAGUCGGAGCCAUGGGCGGGGGCGUGGGGGCCUCGAGCUCCGGGGGUGGUCCCAGCGGCAGCGGCGGAGGAGGCAGCGGCGGCCCCGGCGCGGGCACCAGCUUCCCGCCGCCCGGAGUGAAGCUGGGCCGUGACAGUGGGAAGGUGACCACAGUGGUAGCCACUCUAGGCCAAGGCCCAGAGCGCUCCCAGGAGGUGGCUUACACAGACAUCAAAGUGAUUGGCAGUGGCUCAUUUGGGGUCGUGUACCAGGCACGGCUGGCAGACACGAGGGAAUUGGUGGCCAUCAAGAAGGUUCUCCAGGACAAGAGGUUCAAGAACCGAGAGCUGCAGAUUAUGCGUAAGCUGGACCACUGCAAUAUCGUGAGGCUGAGAUACUUUUUCUACUCCAGUGGGGAGAAGAAAGACGAGCUUUAUCUAAAUCUGGUGCUGGAAUAUGUGCCCGAGACGGUGUACCGGGUGGCCCGCCAUUUUACCAAGGCCAAGUUGACCAUCCCUAUCAUCUAUGUCAAGGUGUACAUGUACCAGCUCUUCCGGAGCUUGGCCUACAUCCACUCCCAGGGUGUGUGUCACCGCGACAUCAAGCCCCAGAACCUGCUGGUGGACCCCGACACUGCUGUCCUCAAGCUCUGCGAUUUUGGCAGUGCAAAGCAGCUGGUCCGAGGAGAGCCCAAUGUCUCCUACAUCUGUUCUCGCUACUACCGGGCCCCAGAGCUGAUCUUCGGAGCCACUGAUUACACCUCGUCCAUCGAUGUGUGGUCAGCUGGCUGCGUACUGGCCGAGCUCCUCCUGGGCCAGCCCAUCUUCCCUGGGGACAGUGGGGUAGACCAGCUGGUGGAGAUCAUCAAGGUGCUGGGAACACCAACCCGGGAACAGAUUCGAGAGAUGAACCCCAACUACACGGAGUUCAAGUUCCCCCAGAUUAAAGCUCACCCCUGGACAAAGGUGUUCAAAUCCCGAACGCCACCUGAGGCCAUCGCGCUCUGCUCUAGCCUGCUGGAGUACACACCGUCCUCAAGGCUGUCCCCGCUGGAAGCCUGUGCCCACAGCUUCUUUGAUGAACUGCGAUGUCCUGGAACCCAGCUCCCCAACAACCGCCCGCUUCCCCCUCUCUUCAAUUUCAGUUCUGGCGAACUCACCAUCCAACCAUCUCUCAACGCCAUUCUCAUCCCUCCUCACUUGAGAUCCCCGGCGGGCACUGCCUCCCUUACCCCAUCCUCACAAGCUUUAAGUGAGGCUCAGACCGGCCCAGACUGGCAGUCGACCGAUGCCACAGCUCCCCUCACUAACUCUUCCUGAGGGCGCCACCAACUACCCUUCCAUCUGGGAGCCCCCAGUGGGGCUGGGAAGGGGGGCCAUAGCCUGUCAAGCUCCUGCCCUGACCGGGCCCCUAGACUAGAGGGCAGAGGUAAAUGAGUCCCUAUCCCCACCUCCAGUCCCUCCCUCACCAGCCUCACCCCUGUGGUGGGCUUUUUAAGAGGAUUUUAACUGGUUGUGGGGAGGGAAGAGAAGGAAGGACCGGGGAUUUGGGGGGGGGGGGGCGGCAUGAGGACCUCCUACCCCCUCAGCUCCCUCCCCUCCCCCCAGGUCUCCACCUCCUCCAACCCCCCUCCCCUCCUUUAUCCCUUGUAAAUAGAACCAGACCAGCCCUUCUCCUCCUCUUCCCUUCCCUGGCCCCCGGGUGUAAAUAGAUUGUUAUAAUUUUUUUCUUAAAGAAAAUGUCGAUUCGCACUGUCCAAACUGGCCCUUUCCCCUCCAACAGCUGUGUCCCCCCGUCCUGUCCUCUGCCCCUAAGGCCUCCUCCCUCCUCUCCCCAUCCUGGAGGGCAGGGGCAGUGGGGGAGCCCCUGAUGUCUUAGUUUCCACAGUAAGGUUUGCCUGUGUACAGACCUCCGUUCAAUAAAUUAUUGGCAUGAAAACCUG